GGCGGGUGGUGGACAUCUACUCCAAGUUCGAUGUUAUUAACCUGGCAGCUGAGAAGACCUACAACAACCUGGACGUGACGGUGACGCGGGCGCUGCAGCACCGCUCCCACUACUUCGAGGGCGUCCUCAAGUGCUACAAGCACGAGACGCUGGAGACCAUCAUCAACCGCCUGGUGGAGGCCGAGGUUCACCGGCUGGUGGUGGUGGAUGAGAGCGACGUGGUCAAAGGGAUCGUCUCCCUCUCAGACAUCCUGCAAGCCCUGGUCCUCCCGCAGGGCCCCUGAGGUGGUGGUGGUGGGGGGGGUUAAUUCCUCCCCCUGGAGCCCCUCACUCUGCUCUCCUGCCACACUGUGCCCCCCCGGGCUGGCAGAGGCACCCGGGGCGGGACCCCACUCACCAGCAGCAUCCAGCAAUAACUCCCAGCCCUGGGGCAGCCCCCGCUGCCCUUCCCUGGGUGGGGGGAGCCCAAGGUCCCCCCCUGCACCCCAAGGCCAUGCAAAGUGCUGGGGGCAGCCCCCAACCCCCCUGGGGUCACCCACCUCCGUGCCAGGGCUGUUCCCAGUGCAGACCCUCGUCCCCGUCACCCCCCCUCUGCCCCCCCCAGGGUUUCACUGGCUUUGGUGAAACCCCCUCAGCUCUCUCUGGCCCAGGGACCCCCCCCCAGCCCCAGGGGUUCCCCCCAGGCCCCCCCAGGUCCCUCGGCCACAUCCACACCCGCCACCGCUUCAUGCGUGGAGAAAACCCACAAAUAAACACAGACCUGGCACCACCCCGGCUCGGUGCGGGGCACGGGGGGCACCGGCGAGGGAGGGGGUACCCGGGGAGGGGACGCGACCCCCCCGCGAGACAGGGGGAAUCUGCUGAGCUCGCCCAGACCCUAAAUCCCUGUUUGUUCCGCCCGUGGCUUUUCUA